GUUCCUAAUUAUUUGGGGACGAUGUCUUUGGUCGGAAAUGGACAUAUGUUGCGACGAACUCCAUAUUCUUUGCCUUUUCCGUUGAUUGUGGCGCUGCUCAAUCCAUGCUACAACUGUAAGUCUUCACAUCUUCCACCCUUUAAAUAUCACACGCAUCUGAUUAUCCUAUCUUUCAUCAUGUAAAAUCAUUUUUCGUGCCUUUCAAGGUUUAGGCGCCUCUGGCGCGUUCUCAAUCUCCUUAACGAUUUUCUAUGAAUUCAUUCCCCCGCCAAAGUAUCCGUUAUAUAGUAGUUUUAUAUCAGUAGCAAGUACUGUAGGUGCUCUUGUUGGACCAUUGAUAGGCGGUAUCAUUGAUACCAAAUCUACAUGGAGAUGGAUAUUUUUCAUGGAGUAGAUGUCCUCUUUCCCCUUCGCUAUCAACUCACUAACUUCGAUAGUAGUGUCUUUGGAUCAGCCAUUGUUCUUGUAUUGAUCGUCUUUUUACUACCGAGAAAAUUCCCAUAUCAUGGAUCAUCUACCCCGCCAAUAAAUGUCCACUGGCGAUCUUUUCUGAAAAGGGUCGAUUUCAUGGGUGCAUUGCUGCUCUUAAGUGCUUCUGUUCUCCUCAUUACUGCAUUACUCGAGGUCCCAACUGUCUUUAGUUGGUCUUCGGCUGCGAUGAUAUGUCUCUUGACCAUAUCUGUUUUCCUUUGGAUAGGAUUUGUUGUAUGGGAAUGGUUUGUGGGAAGCAGCAAGGGCGUUCAGGAACUAAUGUUUCCCCAGGUUUUACUAGAUAAUCGAAUUUGGAUGGGAGUAGCUUUGUAAGUUAUGCAGAUGAUCAACUUGCGAUUACGAAAUGGACCGACGCAGUGGCUGACAAUUAUUUAAUUGUCAAGGACGUCCUUUCUAGUCGGCAUUCCAUCUCAAAUAAUCACAAUGAGAUCCCUCAAAAAGCACAGGCUGUAUACGGAGACUCCACGUGGCAAGCCGGAUAUCGAUUAAUAGCAUACACGCUCGCUGUGCCCGUUGGUAGCAUCGUUGCAAAUACAAUCAUCGGCAAAACCAAAAUACCCCCUAUCUAUCUGCUAUUCUAUAAUACAACUAUACAAAUACUCGACGUCGGAUUGUUACUCACGAGUCCCGCCUCUGGGAAGAUACCGGGACAAACUCAUUUCUUCGAGGCCCUUAUCGCUUUUGUGGUGGGCAGUUCUUUCACUAUACUCUUGGUGCUAAAUCCACAUUGUAUUGACGGAAAAUAUAUCUUACAUUUUUUCUCAGAAUUAAUUCUCCUCUAACAUAUAUCUAGCCACCGCCUCUGGAGCAAUCGUUCAAUUUCGCAUGACAGGAAGUACAACUCGGUCUCGCAUCUUAACCACAGCCCUCAACAAUCAUCUAUCAAAGCAUCUUCCCAAAAUCCUCGAUGGUACUCAGCUCAAUAGUGUUUUAUCAUCUACUUCAGCAAUAUCUUCUCUAGAACAGCCUUUAAGGAGUCAGGUACAGGGGGUUUUUGGCCAGGGAUAUGAUUUACAGUUAAAGAUUCUGAUUGGUUUCACGGCGGCUCAGAUUUUAACAUUGUUGUUGGUUUGGAAUUGAAAAGGCACGCAAUUGGGUAUUCAUAAGGGUGGAGGGCAUUAGAGAGCAGGUAUGAAGAUUGGCUGAGUUGGUAUUAAACCGACUUGUUACUCUCUCGCCCAUAUGUUAGAUGAUGUAUUUUGGAAGCAUGUAGCCAGGGGGUAGAGUGGUCUAUGUCUUGCCUUAUAUGGAAGCAUUCAACCAGGAUCCUACCUUUUUCUCCCUGGGACAACAAGGAAGGAGAAUGAUAGACACCUGUUCAUCCGAAAAACGGUUAAUGUAUUUUUAUCGCUCCAAAAUG